AUGUCUAAUACUAAUCCUCUUAAUUCUUUAGACUCUUCACAUCUAUCAGAUGAUCCUUCUGCCAAUCCUUCUAAUGAUUCUUCAAACCCAUUUUUCCUUCAUCCUAGUGAUAAUCUAGGAUCUUUGUUGGUUUUUGAAAAUUUUGCAGGAGAUAACUAUGUUGCCUGGAGUCAGUCAAUCACUAUUGCUCUCAUUGUCAAGAACAAGAAAACCACUACUUCCUUUAUAGCUCUACUUGUCUAUGUAGAUGAUGUUAUUCUAGCAGGUGAUAAUCUUAUAGAAAUUCAACAGCUCAAAUCAUUUCUACAUGAUGAAUUUACAAUCAAAGAUUUGGGACAACUCAAAUAUUUUCUGGGACUGGAGGUAGCAAGAUCACGAUCUGGCAUUUCUCUUUGUCAAAGGAAAUAUGCUUUAGACAUACUUCAAGAUACUGGUUUUUUAGGAUCCAAACCAGCUUCUUUUCCAAUGGAAUCAAAUAUCAAACUCAAUACAGCUGAUCCCAAUGUUCUUAGUCAAUUUCUUGCUAAACCUGCAAUAUCUCAUCAUCAAGCUGCCAAUCGUGUUCUUUGGUAUUUAAAAGCAACACCAGGCCAAGGAUUAUUUUUUCCUUCAUCUUCUAAUUUACAAUUGAAGGCUUUUUCUGACAGUGAUUGGGCAGGUUGUCCGGAUACCAGAAGAAGUGUCACUGGUUUUGCUGUUUUUCUCAGAGAUUCAUUAAUUUGCUGGAAAUCCAAGAAGCAGCCCACAGUUAGCAGAUCAUCUGCUGAAGCAGAAUAUAGAGCUCUUGUAGCCACAACAUGUGAAGUACAAUGGUUACUCUUUGCUCUUCAAGACCUUAACGUUGCUCAUCCUCCACUAUCAUUGUUAUAUAUGGAUAGUAAAUCAGCUUUGUCAAUUGCCACUAACCCAGCUCCUGAAACACAUGUGUUGCUGGCCAAGCCUACUCAGUUCAGAUUUUCCAAAGAUGAUACAAUGGUCAUACGAUUGAUAAAUGUUUUCAAUUACAUGGUUAUCCUCCUGGUUGGACUAAACCUAAAGGGAAAAGAAAUUCUUCUUCUACACAUGCUGAUAUCAAAACUGAAGAAAUUUCCAAUCAACAAAGUACUGAGGAUCAAAGGAUCAGUUUAA